UUAUUAUUUUUUCAAACAAAAAAAUAAUUAAUUAAUUAUUAUUUUCAUAAUACAAACACAAAAAAAACAAUGAAUCAAAUACUAUUAAUAACAAUACUAUCAGUCAUUAUCAUAGCUGACAUAGGACUGGGUGUUAGGGCUGGUCAUGGAUUGGACAUCAGUCAGCGCUUCUCUGCUAAUUUGAAUGGUGUAACCAAACAACCAAAACAACAACAACUGUCUGCACCACCCGUUCCCAGUCAGUUGACCCGUCAGUGUCUGAAUCCGUUGACUCAGGAGCUGAUCCGUUGCCGGAAAGGAUCGCUCAGAAACUGGAAUAUAACCGACUAUUCAUCACUGGCUGAUGUAUGUUGUGCUCAAUGGGAUAAUAUUGAAUGCGAUCUCGAUAUAGUAGCCAAGUCAAACUGCAAACCUGGUAAACAAUAUACGCAAACCAUUGGCUAUUUCGAUGAUUUAAUUGAAUUUUACAAUACAAACACGUGUCGGGAUUAUCCGCGCGGCGGACAACACUGUUUGAUGCCAAUGAUCCGAUCGUUGGCCCAACAAAAACAACAAUUAGAUAAUAAUCUGAAACAAACAGUCGAUAGUACCGGUGCUGCUAUAGAUGAUGACAGCUAUAUAGCCGAUGAUGAUAACGAUGCUAACGAUGAUGACAUGGAUAUGGAUAGAGAUAAUCCUAAUCCCAAAAUGGAUACCGGAUUAGGUAUGGAACUGGAGAUCGAAAUGGACGACAAUCUACCCGCUCAGCCGAUGCCCGACCCGUUAGCUUUGGAUUGUUUCGGUUCAUUGAAUCUAGUAGUUAGGGUCGGGUGUCGCCAAGUAGCCUGGUAUAACUGGAAUAUUACCCAACAUUCCCGGCCACCGGUACGUAAUGUUUGUUGCGCCACUUGGGAUGAUAUUGAUUGUCUGGAUCAAGUUGCACGUGUCCGCUGCCCGAAACAUGAGCGCGUGCUUUUGGAUAAUUAUUUUGCUCAGCUAGAAAAAUGGGCCGAAAAUGUAGCAUGCGGUCAAGCACGCUACCAUAGCAAAAAUUGUACACGUAAAUCAAACAAUAACAAUAUGGACCUAGCUAAAUUUCAGCAACAACAACAACAACAAAAUAACCAAGCUGAUUUAGCUAAUGAUGAUCAACCAUCAAAUAACGUUAUAAAUGUUGAAUUUCAGCAGGAAGAAAUUUCCCUAAUAUUCCCGGCAAAACAUGAUAUUGUUGAACAACAACAACAACAACAGGGUGACCAACUCAUGUUAAUGACACAACAGGAUGCCCAACAAUUUGAUGCCGAUUAUCGUGAUUUUGUCCUCAAUUAUAUGAUGACAGUAUUACCACAUUUGCUUAACCUGUUGGCACUGUUAGCCGUAAUACUGGUUACCGUUGUUUGUGUACAAUGUUUUCUAAUGGCCCGACAGUAUACACACUAUCGUUAUUCAGUGAAUGGUCAGGGAUAUCAUAAAAUUAAUAUUUAAUUUAAUUUAAUUAAAUAUAUAAUUAUAUAAU